GGUUUCAUUGAUUGCUUUUGUCAAAAGGUUUUACGCAGAAAGACUGAUAAAAUUAGUCAGUGUAUGAAUUCAGUGGUCUAUUAUUUUUCGUCACUGUUGGGCACCCGCUGAGGAUGCCCCCCCCCCUUCACAGCUAGAUACAGAAUGAUAGGAUGCUUCUCCCUUCUGCAUAUAAGUUAUGAGCAAGCCUUUUAUUGGAUACAAACCAACGAAGUGUCUUGUUUCAGAUUAAGAAAUGGACACCCAUACCCAGUGCCCGGGGUGCACCAUUACCCUCCAGGAGCCGUAUAUCCGCUGUGCUGAAUGCCCAGUUCAAACCUGUCUCCACUGCUUUGCCAGAGGACUGGAAGUGGACAGGCACAAAAGUGACCAUAACUACAUUGUGAUAAAGCAUGAUUUCUCUCUGUUUGACAAGGCCUGGACAGCUGCUGAGGAAAUGAGACUGCUGGAAGCUGUAGCUGACUGUGGAGUGGGAAACUGGACUGACAUAUCCCACCAAAUGCAGACCAAAAGUAAACAAGACUGUGAGCACCAUUACUAUAGAUACUAUAUCAGUGAUGCCAAAUAUCCACUGCCAGAAUUGGAGGACCCUAUGAUAAGCAUGCACCCUGCACCAGUUACAUAUAAAAUGUGUGAAGACCCUCCUCGGCCUGCUGUUGCCUCUCUGUCGUACACCGAGAUGGCUGGGUACCUGGCUGCCAGGGGCGAUUUUACCACCGAGUACAACAACUAUGCUGAGACAGACCUGAGAGAACUGGAGUUCACAGAGACAGAUGGGGAAUUAGACAAGGAAUUGAAGAUUUCAGUCCUUGAUAUUUAUUGGCAUUGCUUGAAAGAAAGACAGAGAAGAAAAAGAAUAGUGAGAAACUAUGGCCUUAUCAAUCUUCAAAAGCUUCAAGCUCAGAGCAGAAGAUUUGAUGCAACCAUUCGCAGCUGGGUAGAAGGGCUCAGGAGUAUGUUAAAAGUGUGUUCACCAUAUGAAUGGGACAAAUACCUGGAAGGACUCCAUUAUGAACUUGAGUUACGUCAGGAGAUCAAGAGACUUCAGGAGUACAGGCAUGCAGGCAUCACGCGGCUCAGAUCAGCAAGGCUGUACAGAAACCUCAAAACAUCUCAGGAUCAGACUAAAGAGAGGAGAAAUGCACUCACUAAUGUUUUGAGCAAUUUAAAAGAUGAGUCGGCUACUCAGCAGUGGUUGCAGAGGCAGGCUGCUUUGGGAGGGGCUCCUGUCACUUUACCUAAUGCAUCACGGAAAAGUGCCCCACCUCUGGAUAUCAUUGGUAUGCCAGGAUAUGACAAGCUUUUGCCAAGAGAAAAAGAGAUGUGUGCAUCAGUACGUUUAGUACCUCAAGCAUUCCUGGAUUUUAAGACUCUACUGGUUAAUGAAUGCAGAAAACAUGGCUGCCUCAAAUUAGCCCAGGCGAGGCAAAUGAUAAAGAUCGAUGUAAAUAAAACAAGGAAAAUUUAUGACUUUCUGGUGGCUGAGGGCCUACUUAACAAAGAACCCUUACCUGCUGCUGGGGAUGGCUAAAUAUUGUAUAACAUACAGCAUUUUGAUAUGAAAACUUAUUUAUUAUUAUUUGUUAUAUUUAUAUGAAUGUUUGUUGUAGUUCUUUAUUAUUCACGGGAUCAUUUAAGAAUAUUCGCAAGUACCUACAAGAGCGGUUUUACAGUUUGUUCAGCAUGUUAAUUAUUUUUUUAUAUAUAAUUCUAAUGUGAAUGAUAAUAAUUGAUGCAUUGAUGAAUAAUAAUAAUAAUUAAUCACAUGCCAUGUGAUCCAAGUGAAAA